AUGCAUCAUCUGAAAGCUCACCUCAACCCUGUGAGAAACCGGACCCCAGAGACCUACCCUAAUCAGGCACAGAUUGGUGGAGAUGUGGGACUAGAACUCUGGUUCUCCACUGGGUCUGGCUCUCCCGGGGGACAUGGGCAUUCACUGUGCCGCUUAAUUCUCGCGCACGUGCUUGCACACUUCCGUGACGGGGACCUCAUCCCACAGCGGCACCCUCGCCGCAAGCCCGGUGUGACGGGUGAAGCAGAAGGGGCGUGCAAGGGAGGUGGCCGGGGUCCGGGCCGGGGGUCGUCCGCAGUGCGGCAGGCGGCGGCGCUGAGUCUGGAACAGCUAGCGCCCCAGCCCGGCCGGACGGGGCCGACCCCGGCACGGGGCCGUAGACGGCGGGAGCCGGAGUCGCCGCCGGCGCCGGCGCCGAUUCCUCUCUUUGGUGCUAAAACUAUUGGUCGGAGAAGUCCUGAUGGACCAGUGUUGAGCAAAGCUGAAUUUGUUGAGAAAGUUCGUCAGAGUAACCAGGCCUGUCAUGAUGGAGAUUUUCAUACAGCUAUUGUUCUGUACAAUGAAGCCCUGGCUGUUGACCCUCAGAACUGCAUCUUAUACAGCAAUAGAUCUGCAGCCUAUAUGAAAAUCCAGCAGUAUGACAAGGCACUGGACGAUGCAAUCAAAGCUCGACUUCUCAAUCCCAAAUGGCCAAAGGCAUACUUCCGACAGGGCGUUGCCCUCCAGUACCUGGGGCGCCAUGCCGAUGCCCUGGCCGCCUUUGCAUCCGGACUGGCUCAGGACCCCAAGAGUCUCCAGCUUCUGGUGGGCAUGGUAGAAGCUGCCAUGAAGUCUCCCAUGAGAGACUCCCUCGAGCCCACUUAUCAGCAACUUCAGAAAAUGAAACUGGACAAGAGCCCCUUUGUGGUCGUGUCUGUGGUUGGGCAGGAACUCCUGACGGCUGGCCAUCAUGGGGCCUCUGUGGUUGUCUUAGAAGCUGCUCUCAAGAUUGGCACCUGCAGCCUCAAACUGAGAGGUUCGGUUUUCUCUGCCCUAAGCAGUGCUUACUGGUCUCUUGGAAACACAGAGAAGAGUACUGGAUACAUGCAGCAGGACUUGGAUGUGGCCAAGACCUUAGGUGACCAGACAGGAGAAUGCCGAGCUCACGGGAAUCUGGGCUCUGCAUUCUUCUCCAAAGGAAAUUAUCGGGAGGCUCUCACUAACCACAGGCACCAGUUGGUGCUCGCCAUGAAACUCAAGGAUCGAGAGGCAGCUUCAUCAGCCCUGAGCAGCCUGGGCCACGUGUACACAGCCAUUGGUGACUACCCCAAUGCACUGGCCAGUCACAAGCAGUGUGUUCUUCUUGCCAAGCAAUCCAAAGAUGAGCUUUCGGAGGCCCGAGAACUUGGCAACAUGGGAGCUGUGUAUAUUGCCAUGGGUGACUUCGAGAACGCUGUGCAGUGCCACGAGCAGCAUCUGAAGAUAGCCAAGGACCUGGGGAACAAGCGAGAAGAGGCCCGGGCCUACAGCAACCUGGGCAGCGCCUAUCACUACAGGAGGAACUUUGACAAGGCCAUGUCUUACCACAACUACGUGCUGGAGCUGGCGCAGGAGUUGAUGGAGAAGGCCAUUGAGAUGCGGGCCUACGCCGGCCUGGGCCAUGCUGCCAGGUGCAUGCAGGAUUUGGAGAGAGCUAAACAGUACCAUGAGCAGCAGCUGGGCAUUGCUGAGGACCUCAAGGACCGUGCCGCAGAGGGGCGAGCAUCCUCCAAUCUGGGAAUCAUACACCAGAUGAAGGGCGAUUAUGAUACUGCACUGAAACUCCACAAGACCCACCUGUGCAUCGCCCAGGAGCUGAGUGACUACGCUGCCCAGGGCCGGGCCUAUGGGAACAUGGGUAAUGCCUACAGUGCUCUGGGCAUGUACGACCAGGCCGUCAAGUACCACCGGCAGGAGCUGCAGAUCUCCAUGGAAGUGAACGACCGUGCCUCCCAGGCGUCCACCCACGGGAACCUGGCCGUGGCGUACCAGGCCCUGGGCGCCCACGACCGGGCCCUGCAGCAUUAUCAGAACCACCUGAACAUUGCUCGGGAGCUUCGAGACAUCCAGAGUGAGGCCCGGGCCCUCAGCAACCUGGGCAACUUCCACUGCUCUCGGGGGGAGUACAUCCAGGCCGCCCCCUAUUAUGAACAGUACCUCCGGCUCACUCCUGACCUUCAAGACAUGGAAGGAGAAGGGAAGGUCUGCCACAACCUCGGCUAUGCCCAUUACUGCCUUGGAAAUUACCAGGAGGCAGUCAAGUACUAUGAGCAGGAUCUGGCGCUGGCCAAAGACCUUCACGACAAAUUGAGCCAGGCGAAAGCAUACUGCAACUUGGGCCUAGCCUUCAAGGCUCUGCUGAACUUCAGCAAAGCUGAAGAGUGUCAGAAGUACCUACUGUCCCUCGCCCAGUCCUUGAAUAAUUCCCAGGCUAAAUUUCGAGCCCUAGGGAACCUGGGUGAUAUAUUCAUCUGUAAAAAAGAUAUAAAUGGUGCAAUAAAGUUCUAUGAGCAGCAGCUGGGCUUAGCCCACCACGUAAAGGACAGAAGACUGGAAGCCAGUGCGUAUGCAGCCCUGGGCACGGCAUACCGCAUGAUCCAGAAAUAUGACAAGGCCUUGGGUUACCACACGCAGGAGCUGGAGGUCUAUCAGGAGCUGAGCGAUUUGCCAGGGGAGUGCAGAGCUCAUGGGCACCUGGCUGCCGUCUACAUGGCCCUGGGGAAGUACACAAUGGCGUUCAAGUGUUAUGAAGAGCAGCUGGAUCUAGGGCAGAAGCUGAAGGACCCCAGUCUGGAAGCCCAGGUCUAUGGCAACAUGGGCAUCACAAAGAUGAACAUGAAUGUGAUGGAAGAGGCUAUCGGCUACUUCGAGCAGCAGCUGGCCAUGCUGCAGCAGCUAAGUGGAAAUGAGGCUGUACUCGACAGGGGCCGGGCCUACGGCAACCUGGGAGAUUGCUACGAGGCCCUGGGUGACUAUGAGGAAGCUAUCAAGUACUAUGAACAGUAUCUGUCUGUUGCCCAGAGUCUGAAUCGCAUGCAAGACCAAGCCAAGGCUUACCGGGGACUAGGAAAUGGACACAGGGCAAUGGGGAGCUUGCAGCAGGCCCUCGUGUGCUUUGAAAAGAGGCUUGUGGUCGCCCAUGAGCUCGGGGAGGCCUUUAAUAAAGCCCAGGCCUAUGGAGAGCUAGGAAGUCUGCACAGCCAAUUAGGGAAUUACGAACAAGCCAUUUCCUGCCUUGAACGCCAGCUGAACAUUGCUAGAGAGAUGAAAGAUCGCGUGCUGGAAAGUGAUGCGGCCUGUGGCCUUGGUGGCGUUUACCAGCAGAUGGGGGAGUAUGACACGGCCCUGCAGUACCACCAGCUCGACCUGCAGAUAGCAGAGGAGACCAAUAACCCCACGGGCCAGGGGCGAGCCUACGGGAACCUGGGCCUGACAUAUGAAUCCCUGGGCACCUUUGAGAGGGCUGUGGUCUAUCAAGAACAGCACUUGAGCAUCGCGGCGCAGAUGAACGACUUGGUGGCCAAGACCGUGUCGUAUAGUAGCCUUGGAAGGACCCAUCAUGCCUUGCAGAACUAUUCCCAGGCAGUAAUGUACUUACAGGAAGGUUUAAGGUUAGCUGAGCAACUGGGCCGAAGAGAAGAUGAAGCCAAAAUUCGCCACGGUCUUGGUCUCUCCCUUUGGGCUAGUGGGAAUCUGGAGGAGGCCCAACACCAGCUCUACAGGGCAUCAGCCUUGUUUGAAACAAUCCGACACGAGGCACAGCUGAGCACGGACUACAAACUCUCCCUCUUUGACCUGCAGACGUCCUCCUACCAGGCCCUGCAGCGGGUGCUGGUCAGCCUGGGCCAUCAUGAUGAGGCCCUGGCCGUGGCAGAAAGAGGACGGACGAGGGCAUUUGCUGAUCUUCUGGUAGAACGACAGACAGGACAGCAGGACUCGGACCCGUACUCCCCAGUCACCAUCGAUCAGAUCUUAGAGGUGGUUAAUGGCCAGAGGGCACUCGUGCUUUACUAUUCCCUGGCCGCCGGCUACCUGUACAGCUGGCUGCUUGCUCCUGGGGCAGGAAUUCUGAAGUUUCAUGAGCACUACCUGGGUGAUAGCGCAGCGGAGAACCCCAGCGACUUCCAGGCCGCCAGCAGCGCGGCCCUGCCAGCGGCCACGAGCUCGGCCCUGGAGCAGCAUGUCACCAGUGUGCGGGAGGCCCUGGGAGUGGAGUCUUACUACUCAAGGCCCUGUGCCAGCAGCGAGACGGAGAGCGAAGCCGGAGACCUCACGGACCAGCAGUUUGAAGAGAUGAACAGCAGGCUCAACUCGGUCACUGACCCCACUGGCUUUCUGCGGAUGGUCCGCCGCAACAACCUCGUUAACAGGAGCUGCCAGAGCAUGACAAGCUUGGCCAGCAGCGCCAUGUCACCGGUCAAGGACGGGGCCUCCUCUCUCCCCAGGAGGCAGAGCUCGUUCGCCAGGCCCCCCCUCCGCGCCCUGUAUGACCUGCUCAUAGCGCCCAUGGAAGGGGGCCUGAUGCACUCCAGCGGCCCCGUGGGCCGGCACCGGCAGCUUGUCCUGGUGCUGGAGGGGGAGCUCUACCUCAUCCCCUUCGCCCUCCUGAAGGGAAGCUCGUCCAACGAGUACCUGUACGAGCGCUUCGCCCUCAUCGCCGUGCCGUCCAUCCGCUCCCUCGGCCCGCAGUCCAAGUCUCACCUGAGGAAGAACCCGCCCACGCCCUCCAGCUCCACGUCCAUGGCAGCCGUUGUUGGAAACCCCAAGCUGCCGUCAGCCGUGAUGGACAGGUGGCUGUGGGGGCCGAUGCCAUCGGCUGAGGAGGAGGCCUACAUGGUGUCUGAGCUGCUGGGCUGCCAGCCCCUGGUGGGCAGCGUGGCCACCAAGGAGAGGGUCAUGAGUGCCCUGACCCAGGCCGAGUGCGUCCACUUCGCCACCCACAUUUCUUGGAAACUGUCGGCCUUGAUCCUCACGCCCAGCGCGGACGGCAACCCCGCCAGCAGCAAGAGCUCCUUCGGCCACCCCUACACGAUCCCCGAGUCCCUGCGGGUGCAGGACGACGCCAGCGACGGGGACAGCAUCUCGGACUGCCCUCCCCUGCAAGAGCUGCUGCUCACGGCCGCCGACGUCCUGGACCUGCGGCUUCCCGUGAAGCUGGUGGUCCUCGGCUCCUCCCAGGAGUCCAACAGCAAGGUCACAGCCGACGGGGUUAUUGCGCUGACGCGAGCCUUCCUGGCAGCAGGCGCACAGUGUGUCCUCGUGUCUCUGUGGCCUGUGCCUGUGGCUGCUUCCAAGAUGUUUCUCCACGCCCUCUACUCCUCCCUGCUGAAUGGCCUGAAAGCCAGCGCGGCCCUGGGCGAGGCCAUGAAGGUGGUGCAGAGCAGCAAGGCCUUCUCACACCCGUCCAACUGGGCAGGGUUCAUGCUCAUCGGCAGCGACGUUAAGCUGAACAGCCCCUCGUCGCUCAUCGGCCAGGCCCUCACCGAGAUCCUCCAGCACCCGGAGCGCGCCCGGGACGCCCUGCGAGUGCUGCUGCACCUGGUGGAGAAGUCCCUGCAGCGUAUCCAGAACGGGCAGCGCAACGCCAUGUACACGUCCCAGCAGAGCGUGGAGAACAAAGUGGGCGGCAUCCCUGGCUGGCAGGCCCUCCUCACCGCCGUGGGCUUCCGGCUGGACCCCCCUGCCAGCGGCCUGCCCGCAGCGGUCUUCUUCCCGACCUCGGACCCGGGCGACCGGCUCCAGCAUUGCAGCAGCACAAUCCAGUCCCUGCUGGGUCUGCCCAACCCUGCCCUCCAAGCCCUCUGCAAGCUCAUCACCGCCUCGGAGACCGGCGAGCAGCUCAUCAGCCGGGCUGUUAAAAAUAUGGUUGGAAUGCUCCACCAGGUGCUGGUUCAGCUGCAGGCGGGCGAGAAGGAGCAGGACUUCGCCGCGGCCCCCAUCCAGGUGUCCAUCAGCGUGCAGCUGUGGCGGCUCCCGGGCUGUCAUGAGUUCCUGGCGGCUCUAGGGUUCGAUCUGUGUGAAGUGGGUCAGGAGGAAGUAAUCCUGAAAACCGGGAAACAAGCCAGUCGGCGAGCCAUGCACUUUGCUCUGCAGUCUCUGCUCGCGCUCUUCGAUUCCACCGAGCUGCCCAAACGCCUCAGCCUCGACAGCUCGUCCUCCCUGGAGUCUCUGGCCUCUGCCCAGUCUGUCUCCAAUGCGCUGCCCCUGAGCUACCAGCACCCUCCCUUCUCCCCGACCGGGGCGGACAGCAUCGCCUCAGACGCCAUCUCCGUGUACAGCCUGAGCUCCAUCGCCUCCUCAAUGAGCUUCGUCUCCAAGCCCGAGGGGGGCUCAGAGCGGUCCAAGAACGCCUACCCGCAGCGGGGCACCCUGCCUCGGGGCCAGCUCUCCCCCCAGACCCGGCCAGCGGGCGGCAAAGAUGAAGAAGAAUAUGAGGGCUUCUCCAUCAUCAGCACCGAGCCGUUGGCGGCCUACCCGGAAAACAGGAAGCUGCGCUUCUCCCCAGAUCACAAGCAGUCUCGCGGGGGGACCGCGGGGGGCGUGAAGGUUUCGGUAAGCUCCAAGGGCAGUGUGAGCACACCCAACUCUCCGGUUAAAAUGACUCUGAUUCCCAGCCCCAACUCUCCCUUCCAGAAGGUCGGAAAACUAGCAAGUUCGGACACGGGAGAAUCAGACCAGUCGAGCACAGAAACCGACAGCACCGUGAAGUCCCAAGAAGAAAGCAACCCAAAGCUUGAUCCACAAGAGUUGGCCCAGAAGAUCCUAGAGGAGACGCAAAGUCACCUCAUGGCGGUGGAGCGGCUGCAGAGGGGCGGCGGCCAGGGCAGCAAGAACGGCCCCCCCGAGGAGGGCAGCGCCGGGCCGAACGGCGCCACCGUCUUCAGGGCGUCAGAGACCAGUGCCUUCAGCAGGCCUCCCCUGUCCCACGCCAAGGGUCAGCCAUCACCAGUCACCGCUAAACCAAAGCCCCCAGCCAGAAGCUCGUCCCUCCCCAAGGUGAGUUCAGGGUACAGCAGCCCCGCCGGCUCGGAGGCGUCCGUCCAGGACAGCCCGGGCCAGCACGGGGGCCGGCCGUCGCCCAGCGCCGACUCGCACACCUCUCUGCCCGACCAGCCUCUCUUUAAACUCAAGUACCCCAGCUCUCCCUAUAGCGCUCACAUUUCCAAGUCUCCGAGGAAUGUGUCCCCAAGCUCGGGCCAUCAGUCUCCUGCUGGAAGCGCGCCGUCCCCGGCCCUGUCCUACUCUUCGGCCGGUUCCGCCCGCUCCAGUCCCGCCGAUGCCCCCGACAUAGACAAACUGAAGAUGGCAGCCAUCGACGAGAAGGUGCAGGCCGUGCACAACCUGAAGAUGUUCUGGCAGAGCGCGCCCCAGCACUCCGCGGGGCCAGUGAAAAUAUUCCGGGGGCCCCCGGGGACCAUGACUUCCAAAAGAGAUGUCCUCAGUCUGUUAAAUUUGUCCCCUCGGCACAACAAGAAGGAGGAAGGAGUCGACAAGCUGGAACUUAAGGAGCUGUCUAUGCAGCCGCCUGGAGACACGCCCCAAAAAGCCCCUCCCAACGGCCACUGGCGCACAGAGACCACGACGCUGGGCACGCGGCCCCUGCCCGCCGGUCCCCCCGCACCUGCUCGCCCUUUCAGACUGCCUUCUGGCAACGGCUACAAGUUUCUGUCCCCGGGAAGAUUCUUCCCCUCCUCCAAAUGCUAGAGCACCUCACGCCCGCAGGCCACGCCUGCAGUCUGAGCGCGGUGCCCCCCACCUGCCACCACUCCCCGGUGCGCUCUCAGGGGCUGGUGGCCCCCCUCCUCGCGGCUGUGGCCACCUGGGCCGGAGCCACCACAAGCCGGGGCUUCCGUGGGGUUGGUACCGGAGGCUCGUGGACUUUUCUACACGCUUCACCCAAUGUUUACCUUGAACUCCCUGCUUCUCAUCUUUGAUGGGACUCUUCAACAGGAUUUUUUUUUUUACAAAAAUGGUCGUGGUUCUGGGUGGGGAGAGGAAAGGGAGCACAUAUUUUGCUAAGAGGCAUAUAUGCAGUACCUUUUAUACACGGAAAUACAAAUAGAGCUUUUUUUUAAGGCUUUCAGGUGCUGAUUGGGGGAGGGAUAUAUAAAAUCUAAGUUGAAUUCUACAUGAAAGUGUGAUAUUUGCCAAAAACAGAAUGGUUUUUAAAAUGCCAAUGAUUUGUAAUUAAACUGUAGCAAUUCCGGUCACGUGAUAGCAGAACGCCACAGUAGCAGCGCAAUAACUCACGUUCAACAGUGCUUCUGUCCUCAGCUCCACAAACGUUCUUGGGGCCCCACUGUCAACCAAACUUGAAUUUUCUUAAAAAUUUUAUGUAACUUUCUUCUCCAGGCAUUUUAGAACUAUGCAAUUGUGAUUUAAAAUGCAACUUUGUGCUUUGAAGACAUUAUUGACCUUUUUUGUACAUGGAUAAACAACUUGGUUUUAUUAUCAAUAGUACUUUGCAUUUAUAGCUAUUAUUUUUAAAAAGCUCAAAUUUUUUAAAAUUUCAAAUUUUGAAUAGUCAUCAAUAAGUAAUUAUCAAGUUUAUGGGGGGAGGUUGAAAUUAUUCAGUUUCCUUAUAAGCAAAAAAAGAAAAAGAAAAAAAAAUCCCACAGCUACCUAGAUUGAACCAGAAUGGAACUUUCAGCUCCUAUUCCCUUUAGUAGCUGCUUUAAUUCUCUUCUCUUUUCCCAACUCCAGGCCUCUGACACCCUCCUACCUAGAUCUCCCAGGCUCCCACAGCCCCAGCACCCCUCCCAUGUCACACUUUAAUGUCCGCAGCCCGAGAAGCAGGGGCUUUUUCUGGGAUUUAUAUCCAAAUGAUUGCUGAGCAGAGAAACAGAGGUUCCUGAAAGUGUCGCCUACACAAUCGGGGGCCGGGCAUCUCCGGCCGUGACCGGACACCGGAGUCACGGUGAGCGAGGCCGCAGCGAAAGGCGGUCUGGGUAGGGGUAAGAAAGAGGUCAAAUCCUAAACAUCAUCCUAGCACUAAGUUUAGUUGGAGAAUUUAAAUACACCUCUUCUACAUAAUUCUAAAGUUAAAAUCCUCCCACCCUCCCCAUGGGGGGUGUCACACAGAGGUGGGCGGCCACUCGGCCGAGACACAUGGGGUGGACGGGAGAGGCCUGGCGGGAGGGGCACUAACAUUAAGACCCCCAAGUAGAGCUUUUAACCGCCUGUGGGAUCUCACUUUCUCAGCACAUGCUGACCACUUGCCCUGUUCCUCAGUGAACCCUGAAAAGAGGGAAGGAGACUAUUUUGUCCCACAUUACUGUCCCCUGAGCUCCAUCAUAGACGUCUUUUUUGCCUUUACCCCAACAGACAAUAAGGAUGUCCCGUUCGAGCCCUGGCCCCAACACUGGAAGACAGACACUUCAUGAAGCAGCAGUCGUGAGGUUCUUGAUGUCAAUAGGGAAAAACCAAAUGGUAAUAAAAGUCCCAGAGUAGCAAAUGAAAGCAAGUUCAUAGCACUGUGCAAAAUCAGGUCCUUAGCAACAGAAACAAAACCUCAGAGUAAAUUUCUGAAUCCCGAAGUAGAUAGGCAGUUCCUUUCUUAGCCAUCUCAGCCUCUUUCCCAAGUGCCAAGGAGCCCUGGAGGACCGGCCGGGGUGUGUGCUCCUGAGUGAGCAUUCCCUCCCACCCCCGUCCACCUCCAGGGCACGCCCCCCACCACCCAGACCACUUCCCGUGCAGACGGAGCCGGCUAGGAGGUCUUGCAGACCCUAACCUGGCUUUAGUCCUAACCACACUGUUGUUUUAGGUUUCGUGUUGGAAAACCAAAUGGUGUAUGUGACCUUUUUUUCCCCUGUCCUCAGAGAUAAGCUUCAAUGAAGGAAAGCUUAACAGGACAAAACAGUGAGGACCAACCUAAAAAUCACUGUAGAAUCACCCCUUAUGUUUACUGUCAACGUUUUCUCUAGGAGUGAAAUGGAUGUCAAGUCAAAGGAGAUUUUUCAGGCUCCUCCACUGAAAGAAAAAAAAGUAUGCACUUAAAAGUCACGUGAGACUGUAAUUCACACAUCUCUUUGUACAGAUCAGGGGUUGGCAAACUGUGACCCGCAGGCUAAAUCUGGUCAGAGGCUUCGUUGUUUAUAGCCAUGAGAAGGAAUGGAUUUCACAUAUUUAAAUAGUUAAGGAGUACCUCCAUAAUAUUCUUGAUUUUGCCUCUUGGCCCGCAAAGCCUGCCCUACCUGAUGCCUGACCUUGUAAGAAAAAGUUUGCUGACUCCUGGUGGAAACGCAAAACACAAUUAGAAUGUUUUGUUUCUACAGUCUAGGGAACGUGAGUGUCAAGUUGUGGAUAAAGUUGGCAUGUGUGGGAACUCUGAGCCAUGGGGUAGAAGCAAAGGACCCCUGCAUAGUCCGUGGCUCUGUGCCCCACUUGGAAUGAGCCAACAGAUGUAAACCUUACAAAACCAUCUUUUCCUUAUGAUAUGCAGAAAGCAUUGGAUCUAUUUCGUUUUCAGCUCAGGAAACUGGAAUGCCCUGCCCCCAUUCUACUCCAUCAGAUGCAAAUACGCUGAACACAAGCAAUACAAUCUCCCUCUCCCAGAAAACCACCUCUCCUUGGUGUGACCACAAAGCAAGGUGGUGGAUUCCAUCGGAAUCCUCACCGGUGAACUAGUCAGCCACUGCACUGAUGCUAACCGGGUCGGAACACCACGACAAAAUGAGCUACUGAAACUCACAUUUGGGUCCACCUUAGCGUGUAGCGAAACGAAAACGUUCUCACCUCCAUCCCGUUUGAAAACUGUCCCGGCCCACGCUGACCCUUGCUGGGCCUCAGCAGGAGACGGGCCGCUGUCCCCGUGCAUCUCAGAAAGCGGUCACGGGGGGUCCCUAGCACGCAGCCGGCGCCGCUGGGCUAGUUACUGCCCAGUGAGGCAGGGGUGCGGCGCAGAGCUCUGGUCACUCUAAGUAGGCAGGGGGUGAAAACUGCGUCCUUUUCACCACAUCUUUUGUUGUUCAUGUGGUUUGUGAGCUGGGCCCUUGCUUGUCACGGGUCUUUCAAAGAUGUGAGGACACGUGCGGUCACCUCUCCCCGCCUCAGACACCUUCCCCACUUGGCACUCACCCCCGAUUGUACGCCGUGUUAGCCAUCCUUGGCCUAGGUGGACUUUUUUUGUAAAUUACAGUUUCCAGAUGGCAUUAAACUUUUUAUAUUACGAAAUUUACCAUGUAAAAAGAACUUCAUAUUUUUAUUGAGAUUGUUUAAGGCACUUGGCCUUCCUUUGUGAUUUCAGUGUCUAUUAAAGCAUGAGUUCCCACGGUUUUAA